UCUUCUUCUCCAUCUCCCCUCCUCCCUCUCUCUCUUAUACCACUGCAGUGUCCCCCUCUGCAGCUUCACGCUUUCUUUUCUAUGCUCAGCCUCGCCCGCAAGACUUUGAACCGUGUCCCCAGCUUUCAGGAUAUUCUACAAGGCAGGAUGACCCACCCCGACAUUUCCGUUGACGUUCUCGUCAUUGGUGCCGGUCCUACCGGUCUCGGUGCCGCUAAGCGUCUCAACCAGAUCGACGGCCCCUCUUGGUUGAUCGUUGACUCCAAUGAGACCCCCGGUGGUCUUGCUUCCACCGAUGUGACCCCCGAAGGCUUCCUCUUCGACGUUGGUGGUCACGUUAUCUUCUCCCACUACAAGUACUUCGAUGACUGCAUCGACGAGGCCCUCCCCAAGGACGAUGACUGGUACAGCCACCAGCGUAUCUCCUACGUCCGCUGCCAGGGCGAAUGGGUCCCCUACCCCUUCCAGAACAACAUCUCCAUGCUUCCCAAGCACGAGCAGGUCAGAUGUAUCGACGGUUUGAUCGACGCUGCCCUCGAGGCUCGCACCGCCACCACCAAGCCCAAGGACUUUGAUGAGUGGAUCGUUCGCCAGAUGGGUGUCGGUAUCGCCGACCUCUUCAUGAGACCCUACAACUACAAGGUCUGGGCUGUGCCUACGACCAAGAUGCAAUGUGCUUGGCUGGGUGAGCGUGUCGCCGCCCCCAACGUUAAGGCCGUGACGACCAACGUCAUCCUCAACAAGACCGCCGGCAACUGGGGCCCCAACGCUACUUUCCGUUUCCCCGCCCGCGGCGGUACCGGUGGUAUCUGGAUUGCUGUUGCGGACACUCUCCCCAAGGAGAAGACCCGCUUCGGCGACAAGGGCAAGGUCCAAAAGGUCAAUGCCAACAACAAGACCGUCACCCUCGGUGACGGCACCACCGUCGGCUACAAGAAGCUGGUCUCCACCAUGGCCGUCGACGCCCUUGCUGAGCAGAUCGGCGACCAGGAGCUGGUCGGCCUCACCAAGGAGCUCUUCUACUCCUCCACCCACGUCAUUGGUGUCGGUAUCCGUGGCGAGCGCCCCGAGAGAAUCGGUGACAAGUGCUGGCUCUACUUCCCCGAGGACAACUGCCCCUUCUACCGUGCCACCAUCUUCUCCAACUACUCCCCCUACAACCAGCCCGAGGGCUCCAAGAAGCUGCCCACCCUGCAGCUGGCUGACGGCUCCAAGCCCAAGAGCACUGAGGCUGAGGAGGGACCUUACUGGUCGAUCAUGCUGGAGGUUUCCGAGUCUUCGAUGAAGCCCGUCAACUACGAGACUCUCCUUGCCGACUCGAUCCAGGGUCUGGUCAACACCGAGAUGCUGAAGCCCACUGACGAGAUCGUCUCGACCUACCACCGCCGCUUCGACCACGGCUACCCCACCCCCUCCCUGGAGCGUGAGGGCGCUCUCACCAAGAUCCUGCCCAGACUGCAGGAGAAGGACAUCUGGACCCGUGGCCGCUUCGGUAGCUGGCGCUACGAGGUGGGCAACCAGGACCACUCCUUCAUGCUGGGUGUUGAGGCUGUGGACAACAUUGUCAACGGCGCGGUUGAGCUGACGCUCAACUACCCCGACUUCGUCAACGGCCGCCAGAACACCGAGAGGCGCCUGGUGGACGGCGCCCAGGUCUUCGGCUCGAAGCAGUAGAGGACCGGCAGGGGGGGCACUUAUAGAACAACAUUUUAAUUUUGAAUGAUUCCAAGGGGCAAAAGAUUUUAGAGAUCCGAUUACGGGCAAACGGGAGCCAAUUUCUUCUUUUUUUCUUUUUCUUUACCUUACCUUUUUUUUUUAUUAUAACUUAUUGACCCAUUUUGAAAGCGAUGUAUGGGAAGAGACUUGCUGGGACCUACGUUUUGCGUGAUGUCUAUCACCGACUGCAGUUUUGCUCGAGAUUCCAAAUCAUGAAGGUUGCGAUCUAUUAGACAUGGAUAGAGGUUGCUUUACUUGGUACGCGGUACUGAACACACUGCUUGCUGACAGUAUUUCUUGCGUAGUAGAC